AUGUUAUGCAUGUUGUUGCUGAAGCUGUGGAUAAGGAAACCCCCUGCAACUGCAAAUGAUGAUGAGAAGGAUAAACGCAAGGGUACGAAAUCUGGUAAGGUGUUUUCCAAGUGGUGGCAACACUAUAAUAAGGUAACCUUGGAUGGCAAGCCAAAUGCAGAGUGCAAAUAUUGUAAGAAGAAUCUUGUUGGAGACCCGUCAAAAGGAACAACUCACCUGAAGAAUCAUUACUAUCGAUGUCCUAAAGUGAAGCGUCCGGGAGAUAUAAAACAACAACUCCUACAAGGUAAUAUGAACAAGGAGAAAUUCCAGCUGAUGCCAUUCAACUUCAGUCAAGAAAAUUCUCGAAAAGAAUUGGCUAAGGCGAUUAUAAAGCACGAGUAUCCUCUCUCAAUUGUAGAGAAUGAAGACUUUAGGAGUUACAGCAUGAGUCUGAACCCUUGCUUCAAGAUGGUGUGCAGAAACACCAUAAAGUAA